UCUUGCUAAACCCGAAAGUAAGUUUGUGACUCGGUAAUUCUAUUAACACUAAUCACGCUGCGGGGGGGAAUAUUUGAAAAAAAAGAGAGAUAGAGAGAGAGUGAAAAACUAAACCUCUUACCUCGUUCAUGUACAAAUUGAUAUCAGUGUCUGUGAGAGGAAAAAAAAAAAAAGAAUAAAGAGACAUCCUUCAUCUAGGAACUUCAUAAAAGAUUCCCAGUUAUUGGCGUUUUGAGUGUUUUCUAUACUGGAAAAUGACGUCGAGGCUCGAGUAGUUCCGAACUGAGGACGAGUGAGGUAGCCAUUCUGAUUUCAAAUGCAAUCUACAUCCCUCCCAGGCUGAAAAGGACUUUAUUUCUUCCUCUCUACGACUCUCUGUAUAUAUCUCCUCCUCUUCAUCUCGCCAUUGACCAAGACAAUUCGUCCUCUGGGAUUGUGCGAAUCAGAAUCCGUGAAGACACCCGACUCUUCGAAAUGAAUCUUCGAAGCCUCGUACUGACCUGCUUCAUUCUGCGCUGGGGAAUCGGUGCUUCUGCCGCCCGGCAUAUGCAAGAUGUACUGAAGGACCGGCGCUAUCGCAGAGAUGACGAAAUCACUCUCGAUACGAGCAUGUUUCUCAAAGAAUCGCCGUAUUUCGAAAUCCCAGUCCAGAAUGUCACGGCGAGAGUGGGAAGAACAGCCAAACUGACUUGCGUGGUGGAAAAUCUCGGACAUUUUAAGGUCGCGUGGGGAUACAAGGUCACGGGAGCUGUACUGACCGUGGCAACUCAGGUCAUCACGAAAAACACUCGGAUUUCGGUGCAGAGGGAACAGCAGUCGACCUGGGUUCUCACCAUCUCCAACGUGACCAUGAAAGACCAAGGAGAUUACUGGUGCCAGGUGAACACGUCGCCACCUCGCUCCAUCUCAGGUUACCUCUCCGUCGUAGAGCCGCCGGUGAUGGAAGGCGGCAACGAGGAGGUGACCAUCACGUCGGGCGAGAGGGCCAACCUGACCUGCCACGCGAGAGGGACGCCGACGCCAACGAUUCGCUGGAUCAGGGAGGACUAUGACCGUAUUAGGAUCAACGCUACGUAUUUCGCCUCAGACUACAUCGGCAACUCCCUGCUGCUGCGGUCCGUGAACCACCGAAGCGCCGGCGGCUACCUCUGCAUCGCCAGCAACGGCCAUCCUCCCUCGAUCAGCCGCAGGGUCAUCGUCCACGUCAAGUAUAAACCCUUGAUUCAGAAUCCUCCAUCUUCCCUGUGA